AGAAGACUCUACUCAUAGUCAGCGAGUGUCCACAGCAGAUCGUAGAGGGCAGGCGCAGGACAACCUAUUAAACCAAUCAGUUUCUCGGCCUCGGGUACUUGUGUCCCGGGUAGGAGCUGACGGCUGGUCAGCAACGCAAGAGUUUCUGUUCUUACACAAAGCUGGAGGAAAAACUUUACGAAUUCGCCAUGGAUUAUGAAGUAGCAGUUAUCGGUGCAGGCGUCAUGGGAUCGUCUGCUGCGUAUUAUUUAGCCAAAGCCGGUCGGAGAACAAUCCUCAUCGACCAGUUUCCUUUGCCUCAUACCCGUGGUUCCAGUGGUGGUCACUCCAGAAUCACCCGGCAGGCUAACUAUGGAUCCCCAGCUUUGACCUCAAUCAUGUUUGACUCCAACAAAGAAUGGCAUCGUAUCGCAGAGCAAGCAGGCAUUGACCUUUUCCGACCUUACCCGCUGGUCUGCGUAGGUCCCGGUGACUCUACGUCUGCUGCAGACAAGCUGCAUAAAAUGGAGGAGUCCAUCCGAAAUUCUGGGUUUGAACCACAGAUUCUUGCAAUCGAAGAGGUGAACGAUAAAUACAGAACCAGUUUCCCGUCCAACUACAAAGCUGUAGUUGACCCGAGUGCCGGAGUGUUAUUGGCUGACAAGUGUAUACAGGCGUUCAGGAAACUAUACGUUAAUAGCGGUGGCACUGUGUUGGACAACUGGCCUGUGACCUCAGUCAUCCCAGGGGACAUCAUUGAGAUUAAAGGGACACGAGGGAAAGACAUUAAAGUAAAAAAUGUUGUCAUCUGCCCCGGGCCGUGGCUUGGUCCCUUUCUGGAGACACUUGGCUUAAAGAUUCCCGUCUGGGCAGAGAAAAUCGGCGUCUUUUAUUGGAAAAUCGUAGACGCAAAAAUGCCGGGAUUUACGUUCAUCGACACCAGCGAUGCGGAUCAUCAUUUCUACGCAUUGCCCGACGUUGAGUAUCCUGGAUACAUGAAGUUGUGUCCCCACGUUGGACCCAUGAUAAACCCAAACGAGAGAGACAAGGCAGACAUUUCUGGGUUACUACGACAAGGGAGGGAGUAUGUUGCCAAUUAUUUUCCGUGUCUGGAAUCGAACCCAUCUGUAAUGGAGUCAUGCAUGUAUACGCUGACGCCUGAUGAGGCCUUCAUUUUGGAUCGACAUCCGAAGCACAAGAACAUCAUAUUUGCAGGAGGAUUUUCCGGGUCGGGAUUCAAAAUAGCACCGUCAUGCGGCGAGGCGCUGGCCCGGAUGGCAAUGGGACUAGAUCACAAACUCGAUUUCUCCAGUUUCAAUUGCAGCAGGUUUACCCAGCAGCAUGUGAGGAGUCGUUUAUGAUACUGCUCUGUAAAAUGCCAUUCAAAGUCUCUUAGUAGUUCUCAGUGUUCCAUAAAUGUUCAAGUUUCAUACAGUGAACCACUCAAGUCUUAUAUCUUCCUUUUGGGUGAAUUACUGUAUUUUAAAAUUUAUGUUGAUCUUAAAUGUGGAGUUAGUCGAAUGCUGUAAUGGAUUCAAUACAUAGCGUAAUUAAUUUUGGCUCAGGUGUUAUUUACAGUGGCAAUUCAUCUAGAAGUUGCAGAAGCUCUCUGCAGCAUGUCAUCUGGACUGCAUGGUGAUUCUGUGAAUUUAAAAAACAAAACUCACUUCAAGUAUUAAUGGUGGUAUUCAAUGGCAUUGGCAGUAAUUUGAUGGUACAGAAAUUCAUACAGGCUAUUUGGAAGUUAACCAUCAUGGGUGAUGAUCUAGUUCUUUGAGUUUAGAUAAUAUAUCAGACCAAGAGCAUGAAAUCUCUGUGUAACUGGUCUGCUUCUCAACUGAAAUAAAGUCGACAAAAGUAACGAUCACUCUUAAGCAUCACCUUGAUGAUUAGCUAAGUCUUGCGUCCUCAGAGCCACAGGUGCUUCAGGAUAUAGUUCUCUAGUUUUUUUAAUAGAGAGAAGUCUGUUCUCCAGUGCAAAUGUCAGACAUGCUGAAUAGGUAAUGCAGCAAGAGAGUCUAUAUUAUAGACUUGUAUGUGAUAACUGUAGCCUACUGUGUUACACUGAGAGCACUUGCUAUCCUAACAAAACUAUAUUACUUUAUCAUUAUUAGAAAGGUUCACAAUGCAGCAUUUUUACAGUAAAGUACAUUAAUCUUACUAGCAAACUUACCCAUCGUACGGGUGCAGAAGUGAAAAAUUUAUAUGUACUAUUUGUUCAGCAAUAUUAAAAUAAGGGCUGUUACACGAAUAGUCUCUCUCUCUCUCUCUCUCUCUCUCUCUCUCUCUCUCUCUCUCUCUCUCUCUCUCUCU